AUGCAGCCUGGGGCUCUGGAUGCGGUAACAAAGCCAAAGGGGCCUCUGAACUGGGGACAAAUCAAUUUUAUCCACACAAGUGACACUCAUGGAUGGCUGGAAGGACAUAUCAAGGAGCGCAACUACGGCGCGGACUGGGGCGACUUUGUGUCCUUUACGAAGCACAUGCAAGACAAAGCCGCAAAGAAAAAGGUUGACCUUCUGCUCAUUGAUACUGGUGAUUUGCAUGAUGGCAAUGGGCUCAGCGAUGCGACAACGCCCAAUGGCAACGUCACGAAUCCUAUCUUCGAAAAUAUCGACUACGAUCUUCUCACUCCGGGAAACCACGAGCUCAUUGCGUCCGAUGUUGCAUACAACACAUUCACCAAAUUCACCAAAGUGUAUGGCGACAAGUACCUGACGAGUAACAUUGAUAUUUGCAAGAACUGCCAGAAUGGUGAACCGGAUAAGAAGGAAUGGGUGUCUAUGGGCAGCAGAUCUAAAUAUAUCACGACGAAGCAUGGCCUGCGCAUCAUGGCUUUUGGUGUGAUCCUUGAUGGAACCAACAACAACAAAAACAUGACAAGAAUCCAAACAGCUGCCGAAAUGGUAAAGCAGGACUGGUUCAAGAAUGCAGUCAAUCGCAAGGACAUCGAUCUAUUCGUGCUCAUUGGACACAACCCAGUAAAGCCUGGAAUCCCCAAGAGUCUAAGCACCUUUCCACUCCUAAUGGAUGCUCUCCGGAAAAUGCGACCUGAGAUUCCCGUGCAGGGAUUCGGAGGUCAUACUCACCGUCGUGACUUUUACAUCUACGACCCUAUGUCCUCAGCGAUGGAAUCCGGCAAAUACUGCGAUACUGUGGGUUGGCUUUCUUUAGAUGGCAUCAAAUCCCAGCCAAACAAAACAGCAAGCCCAGAAAUUAAACGAGACCUGGACAAUAAAAGCAUUAUGGUGGAAUCUGCCGAUGCAUCUUGCAACAAGACCAAAGCGUUCGAUAUGAAACUAACCCGUCGCUAUCUCGAUUGGAAUCGACUCACUUUUGACUACCAUGCAACUGGAUCCCAAAACAUAUUGGAUACCUCUCAUGGACUCAAAGUAACGAAAGGGAUUACAGACAGUCGGAAAAGUCUCAAUUUGACCUUCGUGUACGGGUGCGCACCACAAUCAUACUGCGUAUCAUGCAAGCCAUUCGGCGACAAGGGCAACGUCUACACUUUGGUGCAGACCGCUGCAGCUGCAACUGUGGUAAACCCAGACCGCUCAAUGAAAUCCCGAAUGAUCAUUGUGAACAAAGGAGCCAUCCGGUAUGACCUGGUCCAGGGCCCAUUUACCCUCGAUGAUUCCUACAUCGUCUGCCCGUACACCAAUACCUUCAGGUAUUUCCCGGACGUUCCUUACUCACUGGCUUCGAAGGUCCUCGAGACUUUAAACAAACCGAAAUCCACCAAGCGAUCGUCCAUGACUGUGGAUACCAUAUCAAGUCAGAUGUUGGGUUACGAUGAGUGCGACAAUCCCUCGCCUCAUAACGGGGCUGAUCUUCUCAAGCCAAAAUCCCUCUUUCGCCGUGUCCUUGGCGGGACAACCCCUACACCGGGUUAUACAACUUGCGAUGACCUUGGCAAUGAUGGCGAUGAUACUCCCCACUCCCAAAUCUCGGAGUACUCUCAACCAGAUCAUAUCCAAGCUACCGCUGGGUUCCCAUCAGAGGGUCAACCUGACAAGGUGGACAUAGUUUUCUCGGAUUUCCUUGGCGAUAGGAUUGUUGGGGCGUUGAAUUUGGAGCAUCCGUCUAAGAACUAUACGACGGACGACAGUCUCCUUUAUAUGCCGGAGAACUUUACUUCGAAUACCUUCAUUCCUGCUUAUGCAUCUAUGGCAUGGAAAGACAACAUAAACAACUGUUCGAUUGCUGGAUGA